AGAGAGCGUAUGGCUCCAGCGGCUGCCUCGAGCCCAUUGGUUGAAGAGGCAAAAAGGGGGGGGGUGCCGCCGCGGGAGCGCAUGCGCACUACGUGCGGCCUAGGCGGGCGAGGAUCUGAGGAGAAAAUGGCGGCGUCUGUAGUGGCGGGUUCGGCCUCCGCGGUGGUUUCUGAGAGCAGCGCUAAAAUGGCGGAGUCCGGAGUGGUGGCGGCCGCGGCGGCCAAUGGGGCUGGCAACUGCAUCGGGGACGGAGCCCCCAAGAGUGAAAGUGACCGUCCAAAUCAGAAUGAGAAGAGGAAAGAAAAGAAUGCGAAGCGGGGAGGGGGCAGCCGCUUUGAGCCGUAUGCUAGCCCGUCGAAGAGAUACAGAGCCUUCAUUACCAACAUCCCCUUUGAUGUCAAGUGGCAGUACCUCAAAGACCUGGUGAAAGAGAAAGUUGGUGAGGUAACAUACGUGGAGCUCUUAAUGGACGCUGAAGGAAAGUCAAGGGGAUGCGCCGUCCUGGCCCUGAACCUGCCACGCUGCCUGGGGCCGCGGAGGAUCAUCUGGGCACGUGGUGGACACCUGCAGGGAAAGAUCAAAUACUUGGCAGUGAACAAGGUGUCUCUGAGGAUGUGUAGAGUGCCUUCAUAA